AUGAAGGGAAGACCUCAGAAGCCUGCAGAAGCCUGGCUGCAGAUCACGAUGCUCCAGCUGCAGGUCAUGACGCUCCAGCUGCAGAGAGCUAGUGAUGUUCAAUCUGACACAAAUGCAAGUUACCUGAGAGCUGCUCGAGCUGGCAACUUGGAAAAGGCUCUUGACUACUUGAAAAGUGGAGUGGACAUCAACAUUUCAAAUCAGAAUGGGUUGAAUGCUCUCCAUCUCGCUUCCAAAGAAGGGCACGUAGAAGUUGUCUCUGAACUAAUACAGCGAGGUGCCAGUGUGGAUGCAGCGACAAAGAAAGGAAACACAGCAUUGCACAUAGCAUCCCUCGCUGGACAAGCAGAAGUAGUAAAAGUGUUGGUUACAAAUCGGGCCAAUGUCAAUGCACAGUCUCAGAAUGGUUUCACUCCACUGUAUAUGGCAGCCCAAGAAAACCACCUCGAGGUUGUUAAGUUUCUUCUUGACAAUGGUGCCAGUCAGAGCCUUGCCACAGAGGAUGGUUUCACGCCUUUGGCAGUAGCUUUGCAGCAAGGUCAUGACCAGGUGGUUUCACUGCUGCUUGAAAAUGAUACGAAGGGAAAAGUCCGUCUUCCUGCCCUUCACAUCGCCGCUCGCAAGGAUGAUACGAAGGCAGCGGCUUUACUCCUGCAGAACGACCACAAUGCUGAUGUGGAGUCAAAGAGUGGGUUCACUCCCCUCCACAUAGCUGCUCACUAUGGAAAUAUCAAUGUAGCUACAUUGCUGUUAAAUCGGGGUGCUGCUGUGGACUUCACUGCAAGG